UGAUCAUCCUCUUCGUCGUGGAAGCAACAAAAAGGAGCCAAGACGCAUUUUAACUCGAUCAAAAUUCCUGCAUUCUCCAUAAAAAUUAAAAUUAAAAAAAAAAAAAUCCUGUUCCUCCUCUUCGACUCCUUCUCAUCCCCUAGGGAUUUCUCUUCUCUUUGAUGGAGGAUCAAGUGCAAUUGCAGAGGAAAACGAUAAGAUUAGUCUUAGAACAGUGCCAGAAAACCCUAGAACUUCUAAAGAGCGCCGAUGAGAUCGAAGACCAGUCGACGGGAGGAAACGCCGGCGAUGGUUUCGAAUCGCCGCCACCGGAGGAUCCCGAAGCUGACGAGUUGCAUGAAUUGCUGAAGUCUAAAGUUCAGUCAAAAGACUUCCUUGAAAAGCUUGGGAGCAUCCACAUGUCAGCAUCUCAAAAUAUCUCUCUGGAGGAUCGUGCAUCUUGGGACAUUGUCAGUUCUCAAGAUUUAUGGGAAGAUAACAAUAUGGAUGGGGAUCCAGAUGGUUAUGUUCAUGUUAGCAAAGAAGACAUAGUUGAGGCAAUUGCGUGCUUCAUGGCUGCAUAUUUGUCAUCGCUGAAAGAAACUAAAGAUCUGACCCCCAAUCAACUACAAGAAGCACUAAGCAAAACAUUCUCUGCCAAAGGGAGGAAGGGUAAGCUACGCAAGGCGUGGGAUGGAAGCAUAGUUAUCUACAAUGUCGCAUCUUGGAGUGCAACUGCUAUUGGAAUGUAUCAUAAUCCAGCAAUAUUUAAGGCAGCCGCUGGGGCCUUUUGGUCAUCUUGCCGUGUCAUAUCAAAGUUAUUUUGAGACCAUGCUGUUGUUUGCUGAUGCGAUACCUGAAUCCUGCAACGUGGAGGUGGAAGGGCUCAUGCUCAAAACUGUGAUGUCUUCCGAUGCCACUAAAUACUGCAAGAGCUCCUAUGUUCAGAAACUACCACUUAGCUCCCGUUGAGCGGUAGGAUUUGUGCAGUGUAAUUAAAGGCUUUGAGCUCUUUGUACAUAUGUGUUUGUAAUUGUUUGUCACAGUGAGAUCAAAUUAAGCACCUCAUUCUUUCAAAACCUCUGGUAUUGGUUCAGCUCCUUGUACUCAUGCUUAAAGGACUCUAAAGAUAUAUAACACUAUCUCAUCAGUGUUGAA